AUGGUUUCUUCGUACCCUUUACCGGAGGGCUUCUCCGAGUUUGAUGUGUUUUCCCUGGGAUCUUGUCUGCUUGUGGAGGGUCUGCUGGGCUUCUUUCUAAAUGCGGUCACAAUGCUUGCUUUCCUCAAAGUGAGAGAACUGAGGACUCCCAGCAAUUUUCUAGUAUUCAGUUUAGCGAUGGCUGAUAUUGGCAUCUCCAUGAACGCCACGAUCGCCGCUUUCUCCAGCUUUCUGAGGUAUUGGCCUUAUGGCUCUGAUGGAUGCCAGACUCAUGGUUUCCAGGGCUUCAUGACAGCUCUUGCCAGCAUCCACUUUGUAGCUGCCGUUGCCUGGGACAGAUAUCACCAGUACUGCACCAGGACAAAGCUGCAGUGGAGCAGUGCCAUCACUCUGGCUGUGUUUGUGUGGCUGUUCACUGCCUUCUGGUCCGCCAUGCCCCUCAUUGGCUGGGGAGAGUACGACUACGAGCCCCUCAGGACUUGCUGCACACUGGACCUAAGCAAGGGAGACAGAAACUACGUGUCCUACUUGAUUCCAAUGAGCAUCUUCAACAUGGGCAUCCAGGUGUUUGUCGUCAUGUCUUCUUACCAGUCCAUUGCACAGAAAUUCAAGAAGACAGGAAACCCCAGAUUCAACCCCAACACUCCUCUGAAGACUAUGCUGUUCUGCUGGGGGCCCUAUGGGAUCCUGGCUUUCUAUGCUGCUGUGGAGAAUGCAAACCUUGUCUCACCUAAGCUCAGAAUGAUCGCGCCUAUCCUGGCUAAGACUGCUCCCACCUUCAAUGCCCUCCUGUACGCACUGGGAAAUGAGAACUACAGAGGUGGCAUUUGGCAGUUAAUCACCGGGGAAAAGAUUGAUGUGCCUCAAAUUGAGAACAAGUCCAAAUAAACUGAGCAUGCAAUAAUUACAUGCAUUCUGUCCUUGUGGUUUCUCACAGGUACAUAGAUGUUUAUGAGUGUCUGUGCAUUUUGUGUGUCUUGAGCAGUGGUAGCCAUUGCACCUGUUCUGCUCCCCGUUGUGUGUGCAGUUGUAUUUCUAAAAUGAUUUUCACAUUACAAAAUAAACAUGAAAUAACACGUACCUCCUAAUGGACUUUGGGAGAUCAGCAUUAGUUUAUUUUGCUGUGUACAGUUCCAUACACAACAGCAGAAACUUUGGGCUUGGCUACUUCUGUAACCACAUAAAUUUCUCUGUCACUCAAUUCAAAUGUGAUUUGUUUUCAUUUUGAGUUCAUCUUAAGAAUUAAACAUAUCCAUCCAUUCAUGUUAAUCCAGUUAGUUUUAAUGCAAACACUCCUGCAGAGCAAGUGAUGCACAGAGCAAAUAUGACUAUUUAUUCUUUUACGGACUCCGCUACAGCAGCCUGGGCUAUUUUAAUCAUUUUUCACUUUGCUUAUAGUGCAAAUGUCCUUGAAGACAGCAAUCAGAGCAUUUUCUCCUUACUAGUUGCCUAUUUUGCCAUCUGGUUGAAGAUGAAAGGCUCUGAAAUAGAUUAAUUCAGCUAAAAAAGAGACAUCACAGUCUGACAUUCAGUUUCUUAAUCUUUAUGGUGCCUGUUAAUGAAAUAUGAAAGUGCAUUCAGGCCACUGAUAUCCCAUCAUGUGUUGCAGGAUUGUGAGUGAUCUCUCUCACCAGGAUAGAAGUGCAUUAAUCCUCUAAAAAAGAGGACCAUUCUUGAAUUCACAGCCCUCACAACAGUCUCUGCCUGUAGAUCGACUGAACAUGCUUCUUUCCUCCACGCCAGCAUCCAAAGUUUGCUAUAACAAUACGAUAUCACCAAGAAUUAACACUGAAUAAAUCAGUGUUAUUUACUGAGGCGAAUUCAUGUCUGGUCCAGAGUGCUCUAUGAAUUAAUGUUCAAGGAACAUUUCACUUCAUCUAUUUGACUUCUGCAUAUCAUGAAAUUUGUUUUUACUUUGAUGUUUAUGUAAAACACACUAUUGUUUAAGCACAACAUUGAACAAUACACAGUACUAUACUGGUUAUUAUAAAAUGACUAUUUUUUUUAAGUAGGUUUCAAAAACCACGUACCACAUUCUUAUGGUUUUCUUUUACCAACUGUUGAUACUCGUAAUAUGAAAUGUUAAAAUGUAUAACACAUGUAAACUUUUGGAAAACAGCAGAGGGCUUCAGAAUUUAAUAUAAAAGUUGUUUUAAAAAGGAUAUGUUUUUAAAGAUGAGGACUACUUUAACAAAUCAUUUUUCUGUUUUAUGUUACAACAUAAAAUACAUUUGUGGUCACAAAUCAUUCACACUCAUCAUGGACAUGAAUGUCAUGAUAAUUCUGGGCUUUUAAUGAUUUUUUUGAACUGUUCAUUUUCCCAGAUGGAGUCAUUGGAGUCAGAAAACAAGAAUUUGGUGCCCAAGUUUCAAUGUACUUUUAUUUUUCUCCAAUCUGCAUACACACACCCCGACUACUAUUUGGUCCUUUAGCAAGUUGCACCUCAACCAGAUGCUUUUAGCAACCAUAAACAAGCUUCUGCAUAAUUGUGGUUUAAUAUUUCCUCACUCUUCUUGGCAGAAUUGGUAGAGUUCAUUUUAAUUAGUUGGGUUCCUGGCACAAAUGGAUUUUAUGCACAGUCCACAAAUUUUCAGUAGGGUUGAGGUCAGGGCUUUGGGAAGGCUGUUUCAGAAGUUUAUUGUUAGCCUAAUUUAUUGAUUCCAAAAUCAGUUUUGAUGUGUAUUUGUGACUGUGCCAAAAUAGCUCAAUCUUUGUCUCGUCUGACCAUACAAUUAAACUUUUCUCCUGAAGUCAUUUGACGUAUUAAUUGGGCAGAUCCAAAUUUUAGUCAAGAUCGAAGGUGUUGAGUUUGGAGCAAGGGCUUUAUUCUUGUUGGUACCCUCAGUCUUGUGUUGUUUCUGAGCAUCAUUAUCAGUUUGCUCUCAUCUGAGGGUGACAGUUUGGGUUUUUUUCCAGUACUUGGCAAAGCGGUGACACAUUCGAAUAACUUAUCGUUAUGUACAACUAAUUGAACUGAUUACUGUGGACUGGCAAGUGUUUAGAAAUGUCUCCAAGAGACUUUCCUGGGAAAAUGCAAUGAAUGAAAUAAAUGAAGUCCUUUCAAAUCUUAAAUAUUAGUUGGUGGAAUUUGAAAGACAACAAUUCUACUCUACAAUGUAUACAGUGGAUUUUGUAUAAUGACCGGUUCCUAUAAAAUUCUACAAAUACUGGAAAACAUUGUUUUUGUGUGGUUGAUGUAAUGUUUAUAAUUUGCAGUCAUCCUGAUUAAUCUAAAACAGUGACAACAUGCACUCAAUAUCCAUUCAAUAAUCAAAUACUUAAUAAAGAAUUGCAGAUAUA